AUGGAUAAGUGGUACAACAUGUUAAUCAGUGCCAGAUAUUCGUUGGAAUCUUCUUCUAAGGCAUCAUCGGUAAAUCCGAUGCUUAACGGUAAUUCCGCUUGCUAUGCGUUCCUUAAUGUGAUCGUCUUAAUCCAUUGA